AUGGCAUCAGAACUUUUAGCGACUCGUCUUAAUCAUAGCCUACACAUGUCUUUAGCUUUUCCCGAUUUUUAUACGCGUACAACAGAAUAUGAUGCUUUGACAAAAUGGUUCGAGGACAAUGUGGCGCAUAAGAAUAAUAUAAAAUCAAUGUUGUGUGUGGGAUCGGGCUUGGGAUUCGAUUUGACAUUGGCUUCAAAAGUUGAAUCGUUGACACAUGUAACGAUGAUUGAUAACAAUGCAGCUCAAUUGAAAGCAGCUGUGCACACAAAAUCGAGAGAAAAUCUCACUGUUGAAGUCAAGUGUCUUUGGUUUGAAGAAUUCAUACCUUCAAUGCAAUACGAUUUAGUACUGUUUUCUCAUGUACUCUACUAUAUUCCUGAUCGGAUUGCAGCGUUAAACAAAGCAAUAGCAAUGUUGUCCGAUAAUGGCUUUAUUCUGAUCUUUCACCAAACAGAAAAGGGUAUCAAUGAGCUCCAGAAGCUAUUCAAUUCGACCAAACAUUCAUAUUGUUUCAGUGAUCUCAAAAAAGAUUUAGAAGCAGCAAAUAUUGUUCACAGCACUGAUAUCGUCGACUCAACGGUACGAAUCGAUACACCUACGAAAGAAUUGUGUGAUUUUUUCUUGGAGAAGAAUAGCUCUGACGAUGAAUAUGUUCGAUUGUCAGCUCAUCUGAAUAGCCUCGGAACGCUGCUGUAUCAUCCAUGUGCAAUUAUCACCAUACAUCGAUCUUGGAACAAAGGAAUCAUUUCAUUGGACGAUAGACGCCAUCAAAUCAUAAGAUCCGCAGCCCAAGGAUGA